CUGUGUCCCCUCGGACACAGCGGAUCACCGAUUCACGGAAAGAGCCGAAGAUGUCAGCUCGGUCAUGUGAUCAGCUGUGUCCAAUCACAGGGGACAUGUACACUGAUCAUCAGAGCACUGAUGAUCAGUGUGCCUUGAUGAUCAGUGUAGCCCCAGCAGUACCACCUGUCAGUGUCCAUCAGUGCCAGCUCUCUGCUCAUCCAUGUCACCUGCCAUUGCCCAUCAGUGCCACAUCAAUGCCACAUAUCAGUGCCUACCAGUGCACAUCAAUGCCACAUAUCAGUGCCCAUCUGAGCUGCCUUUUUCAGUGCCAGCCAGUGCCACCUAUCAAUGCCAAUCAGUGCUGCCAGCCAGUGCCACCUAUCAAUGCCAAUCAGUGCUGACAAUCAGUGCCACCUAUCAGUGCCAGUCAGUGCCACCUAUCAGUG